AUGCAAAACAGUUAAUAAUAGGUUAACAUGCCCUAAUCAAGAAUGAUUGGCGACCCUGCCUAAUCACAAUACCUACAAAAUUCAAUGGCUCAAGAUCCCCAAUUUUUGAGUUAUUAAAAUUACAGAAACGAAAUUCAAGAGGAAGGAGAAAUUGUAGCUGAAACAGCCAAAUUAAGGAAACUAUAUUUCCUCAUGUUACUUCAAUUCUUUAUUGUGAUUGUGUUUAGUUAUCUACGUUUAGAAUCUUUGGAAGAUUAUUUUUAAAAGAAUUCUUAUUGGAUAAUUAUUCUAUCGAUUGGACUCUUUUUAUUAUCAUUGGCCGCAUAUUUUACUAAUCCAGAGAACACUGCUGUAAAUGUAGUACUCUACGUACUAUUUACAAUAGUCUUAUAUUUCUUUUUUAUAUCACUAACUGCUAUAACAAAUAUUGAGCAAUCCAUGAUGGUAGCCUUCAUGAUUUUUGGUUAAAUCUUUUCACAAUUCUUAUCAGUGAUGCAAAGCAGAAUUGAGAUGUAUUAUCAUUAAUAAUCUCUCUAUGUGUUGGCAGGCGGACUCAUCAUAUUCUAAUUGUUCAUCAUCUAUUCAAUCAUACCAUUCUUUGAAAUGAUUAUUACCUUAGUUUCAGGAGUAGUCUUUGGCUUCUUACUCAUAUAUAGUACUUAAAGCAAUAUAAGUUAAAUUAAAUCAGGAGCCUUGAAUGGAAGUGUAAGAGUAUAUGUCGAUUUACUCGGUGUGUUUUUCUAUUUGAACUCUUUGAUGGCAGAUUUGUUUAGAAAAGAAAAAACAUUAGAAAAAUGA